UGAGAGAGUGGUCAUCAGGUCCUGGCCACACCGGUACAUCAGGUCCUGGCCACACUGGUACAUCAGGUCCUGGCCACACUGGUACAUCAGGUCCUGGCCACACCAGUACAUCAGGUCCUGGCCACACCAGUACAUCAGGUCCUGGCCACACCGGUACAUCAGGUCCUGGCCACACCAGUACAUCAGGUCCUGGCCACACCAGUACAUCAGGUCCUGGCCACACUGGUACAUCAGGUCCUGGCCACACUGGUACAUCAGGUCCUGGCCACACCAGUACAUCAGGUCCUGGCCACACCGGUACAUCAGGUCCUGGCCACACCAGUACAUCAGGUCCUGGCCACACUGGUACAUCAGGUCCUGGCCACACUGGUACAUCAGGUCUUGGCCACACCAGUACAUCAGGUCCUGGCCACACCAGUACAUCAGGUCCUGGCCACACCGGUACAUCAGGUCCUGGCCACACUGGUACAUCAGGUCCUGGCCACACCGGUACAUCAGGUCCUGGCCACACUGGUACAUCAGGUCCUGGCCACACCGGUACAUCAGGUCCUGGCCACACUGGUACAUCUGGUCUUGGCCACACCAGUACAUCAGGUCCUGGCCACACCGGUACAUCAGGUCCUGGCCACACCGGUACAUCAGGUCCUGGCCACACCGGUACAUCAGGUCCUGGCCACACUGGUACAUCUGGUCUUGGCCACACCAGUACAUCAGGUCCUGGCCACACCAGUACAUCAGGUCCUGGCCACACCAGUACAUCAGGUCCUGGCCACACCAGUACAUCAGGUCCUGGCCACACCGGUACAUCAGGUCCUGGCCACACCAGUACAUCAGGUCCUGGCCACACCAGUACAUCAGGUCCUGGCCACACCAGUACAUCAGGUCCUGACCACACCGGUACAUCAGGUCCUGGCCACACCAGUACAUCAGGUCCUGGCCACACCAGUACAUCAGGUCCUGGCCACACCGGUACAUCAGGUCCUGGCCACACCGGUACAUCAGGUCCUGGCCACACCAGUACAUCAGGUCCUGGCCACACCAGUACAUCAGGUCCUGGCCACACCAGUACAUCAGGUCCUGGCCACACCAGUACAUCAGGUCCUGGCCACACUGGUACAUCUGGUCUUGGCCACACUGGUACAUCUGGUCCUGGCCACACCAGUACAUCAGGUCCUGGCCACACCAGUACAUCAGGUCCUGGCCACACUGGUACAUCUGGUCUUGGCCACACUGGUACAUCUGGUCCUGGCCACACCAGUACAUCAGGUCCUGGCCACACCAGUACAUCAGGUCCUGGCCACACCGGUUUAGUCAAACAAAAAAGGACGUUCUACAAACAAGCUCCCAAGUCUAAGCCAGAAAUUAAAAGCUCGUUGUGGCGGUCCAGUACUGGCACCUGGGUCGCCACAGUGGCGGUCCAGUAUUGGCACCUGGGUCGCCACAGUGGCAGUCCAGUACUGGCACCUGGGUCGCCACAGUGGCGGUCCAGUACUGGCACCUGGGUCGCCACAGUGGCGAUCCCGUACGUCACCUGCGUCGCCACAGUGGCGGUCCCGUACGUCACCUGGGUCGCCACAGUGGCGGUCCCGUACGUCACCUGGGUCGCCACAGUGGCGGUCCCGUACGUCACCUGGGUCGCCACAGUGGCGGUCCCAUACGUCACCUGGGUCGCCACAGUGGCGGUCCCGUACGUCACCUGGGUCGCCACAGUGGCGGUCCAGUACUGGCACCUGCGUCGCCACAGUGGCGGUCCAGUACUGGCACCUGGGUCGCCACAGUGGCGGUCCCAUACGUCACCUGGGUCGCCACAGUGGCAGUUCAGUACUGGCACCUGGGUCGCCACAGUGGCGGUCCCAUACGUCACCUGGGUCGCCACAGUGGCGGUCCCAUACGUCACCUGCGUCGCCACAGUGGCGGUCCAGUACUGGCACCUGGGUCGCCACAGUGGCGGUCCAGUACUGGCACCUGGGUCGCCACAGUGGCGGUCCAGUACUGGCACCUGGGUCACCACAGUGGCGGUCCAGUACUGGCACUUGGGUCGCCACAGUGGCGGUCCAGUACUGGCACCUGGGUCGCCACAGUGGCGGUCCAGUACUGGCACCUGGGUCGCCACAGUGGCGGUCCAGUACUGGCACCUGGGUCGCCACAGUGGCGGUUCAGUACUGGCACCUGGGUCGCCACAGUGGCGGUCCAGUACUGGCACCUGGGUCGCCACAGUGGCGGUUCAGUACUGGCACCUGGGUCGCCACAGUGGCGGUCCAGUACUGGCACCUGGGUCGCCACAGUGGCGGUCCAUGUCUACAAUAAGUCAGAUACUGUUAUGGAUUAGUAAUGAAGGCUGUGGAGCCCGCAGGUUUUUGUUACCCCGAGAGCCUCGGGCAGGUGAUCAUGCAUCACUCUGUGAUCAUGCUACGACUCCAGAGGGCUUCAAUUAG